CAAAAUGAUAAAAAUAAUUUAUAAUCUGCGGCAUUACGGGUAAUCCUUACGUAAAAAUGGAUAGAUUCGGUGUUUGUUUAAUGGAAUUAUUUUUAGUAAAUGUUUUCUGUUUGUGAUAGUAUGUACAUAUUUUAGACUAAAGUAUCAAUAUGCGACCCCUGAUACUGAUGCUUGUUUACCUAUCAGGAGUUUACUCAGCUAAUAUACUCAUAGCUUACGAGACUGCCCGAAGAAGUCAUCAGAUAUGGAUUGGUGAACUAGCUGAAGCUCUAGCUAAAAAAGGACACAAUAUAACCUUAGGAGGUUCUUUCGCAAAGGCUAUUGAAGAAAGUGAAUUUUAUCAUCCUAUAACAUUUGAAGGUAUUUUUAGAACUCACUUGCAAACAAAUAGAUCUGAACACUUGACCUCUUCGCCAUUAAGAAAGUUGUAUCUGAACUACGAGUAUAACUACGCUAUUUGCAACAAAACUUACCACUCAAAAGGAUUCAAUUCUCUCUGGAAUUAUCCAGACAAUUUCAAAUUUGAUCUGAUUCUAAUAGAUUUAACUUUCGGACCGUGUCUCUAUCCAUUGAUCCAGAAGUUUGGCUUUCCGCCCACUAUCGGAUUCACCCCGUCAGCUUUGACGCCUUACUUAUCCGAGAUGUUUGGAAAUGCCGGAUACUCUUCGGAUUUUGUUUCGCCUUUAUUGAAACAACCGUUGGAUACGAGUUUCUUAGGCCGGACAGAAAGUUUUAUUUUCACACAGCUAGAGAUCAUGUUUAAGAAGACGUGGGAGAGUAAAGCUUUGAAACGUUUGGCAGAAAGGAUGCUGAAUGAUACAUUUGAUUUUGAAGAUAUAAAGAGGAAAAUAUCGUUGCUUUUUGUUAAUGAGUUUCCCUUUUUGAAUGAAGCAAAGCCUUUAACACCUAAUAUUAUACCUGUCGGUGGGAUGCAUAUUAAGAAAGUAGAAGAAUUGCCAGGGAUUUUGAGUUUGAUUAUAGGCAACGCAAACCAAGGAAUAGUUUUCUUCACUACCGGAACGGAUAUUUCUCAAAAUAUCUUUGAUAAAAACGUCAAAAUGAAUUUUGCACAUGCUUUUUUGAGAUUGCAGCAAAAAACUGUGGUUUGGAGAGAUAGACUUGAGGGAGACGAACACCCUUUUAACGAUAGACCUUCGAAUAUUGUAAUCCAUAAGUGGUUGCCACAAAACGAUUUACUGGGUCAUCUGCAUACUAAGCUCCUGAUAACCACCGGAGGAACCAUGACUAUUCAAGAAGCUCUAUACCAUGGUGUACCUGUUAUUGGUAUCCCAAUUUAUGAUGAACAUCAUAGAAAUAUUAAAUUUAUAACAGAUAAUAAAUUAGGAUUAGAGUUGGACUAUCAUAAUUUGACUGAAGAUGCUAUUUAUGAAGCUGCUUAUACUUUAUUGACUAAUCCUGUAUAUCUUCACAAUAUGGAGGAAUUUGCAAUAAAAAUAAGGGAUCAACCAUAUGACCAACUGAAAAAAGCAGUUUAUUGGGUAGAGUAUGUUAUGAGACAUAACUCCUCGAACGGAGCAGACUUUCUUAUUCCAAAGUCCAGAGAUACUUGCCAUCUUGUAGCAUAUAAUGUGGAUGUUUAUAUAUUUGUAUUUGUAUUUAUUGUGAUUUUUAUAGUAUUUUGUUUAUUUGUUAUUUUGAAGUUUCUAAAACUGUUUUUGAAAAAUUUAAGAGGCAAGCGAAAAGACCAACUUAAGAAGCGAAAACAGCUUUAAAAGUUGGCGAAGGCGCUAGUAAAAUGCAGAUUGAGGUAAAGAAGACGCGGCACGUAAACUAUAUAUACACUAAUAUACAGGGUUUUUUGAAAUAUACUUGGGAAUAUUUUCCAUUUUUUUGUUGCUUAUAGUGGGUACGUAGCCGAUGAAAUAAUCAGUUUUUUAUGCUGAUAAUGCUGAAAAACAACAAACAAAAAAUUUCCAAAAAUAAAAUCUAAUUUAAAAAAAAUUGUUUUAAAAUAAAAUAUUUAUUUUUGGACUUAAAAUUAAUUUUUUUUUAUUAGCAUAUAUAAUGCUUUUCAAUUGUAAAAAUGUUUAAUAACUAUUUUGUAAUAAUAAUUUUGUUAAAAUUGGUAAAACGUCGUAAUUAUUAUAUGAAUAAAUUUAAAAAAAGGUUUGGAUAAUUUUUUAUUAAAUUUAAUUAUAACGAAUCCCUUACUCUGCCACUAAUUUCUAUAAGAUUUGUUUGAUUACCUCAAUUUUGCAAUUACAAAGUAGCUCUUUACGAAUUAAUUGACUAAGAACAAUUUUGAAAACGAUAUUUUUUAAAAUAUUAAAAUCCUUCCCAAUUAUUUACAGAUUGGUAAAGGUGCCAACAAAUAUGAUGUUUGUAAUUCCACUUUAAAAUUUUUUCUUAAAAAAGAUGUUUAAAAAUGUUAAUAUCUAAAGAAAACAACACAAAUACGUCAUCGAUUUCAUUCUUUCGAAAAGUACCCCAUUUGUUUUCUUAUUUAAGUAUUUGUAACGACAUAAAUAUUGGUGCAAGUGCCAGGAACAUAGUUUUUGCCGUAAGUUUCCACUAAGUAAAUGUAAGUGACUUUUGAAAAAA